UAGUGGACAAGAGGUUGAGUUAUCUCCCACAAUCCUUUACUCCAUUUCACUCCCAUCGUCCACCGCGGUUUACUCUCCACCGAUCAAGAUGGCGGAUAAAAUAGUUCCCGUGGCCGAGAAGCGGCUGAUGGAGGUGAAGAUUAACGAGCUGGGAUCCUGGUUGGGCACAAGGGACUUCACCCCCAACGGUCUCCUUGCAUCCGUCCGCAGGGGCCAUGACAGAUACUACAACAAGUACAUCAAUGUGAAGAAAGGAGGUGUUGGUGGUGUGGCUAUGCUGCUGGUUGGCUACGUGGCCCUCAGUUACCUCUGGGAGUAUGACCACAUCAAGCAUGACCGGUGGAGGAAGUACCACUAGACCUUGAUGUGACCUUUAACCUCCAGGGUCCCCUGCCCCACCCUCCCUCUGCCCCCUGGCCAGCCGGCAGCACAGGGGGACCUGUCUCCUGCUCUGUACUAUAUGACCAUUGUGACAAAUAAAAACACUUAAAAGAA